GGUGAUGCUAUAAUGGCGAACGUUGGUGCGUGUUUACGUGUUUAUAUUAAUCUCCCGCGCAAAAUAUUACAAGUACUUUCGAAGUGAACAAUAGAAAAGCUUCUCAAACAAACAAUUUUACUAUUUUUUUUUUAUUUAAUAUUGUGGGAAGCAAUGGCUACAACCGAAGUGUUAUUUCCUUUCGAAAAGCCAGCGAAAAUUUUGAGAUGGAAAGUUUCAGCUGGGACCAUGAUAUCUCCUGGAAAGGUGCUGCUUUUGUAUAAAACAGUAACAUCCGAUAACGAUGAUAAAACGAAUCCAGAGGAAAAACUUCGUGCAAAAACAGAACGAGGACGAGUCACGAAGUUUUUGGCAAAAGCAAACGAAAUUAUUCAGCCAGGGCAAAUGAUACUUCUAUUGGAGGGAUGCACUCAUCCUACAGUAAUGAAAGACCUUUGCGCAGAAUGUGGUGUAGAUUUGAGGGAAGGAGGUCCAGGUGGAGACACGGGUUUGGUUUCUCAAGCCAGUGUGCCAAUGGUGCACAGUAUUCCGGAACUUAAAGUUUGUCCCGAGUUGGCAGUACAGAUUGGAAAAGCAGAUGAACAGCGACUACUGCGUGAUCAAAAAUUAGCUCUCUUAGUGGAUCUGGAUCAAACUAUAGUUCACACCACUAAUGAUGAUGUUCCGGCUAACAUAAAGGACGUGCAUCACUAUAAACUUCCUGGACAAAGGACUCACUGGUACCAUACUCGUUUAAGGCCUCAUACUCGUCAUUUCCUUUCGGAAAUGAGUAGACUAUACGAAUUACACAUUUGUACAUUUGGAGUUCGAGAAUAUGCUCACACCGUUGCUGGACUUCUAGAUAAAGAUGGAGAACUCUUUUCUCAUAGGAUACUUUCCAGAGACGAGUGCUUCGAUCCUGGCUCAAAAUACCCUAAUCUUAAAGCUUUGUUUCCUUGUGGAGACGAUAUGGUAUGCAUAAUAGACGAUAGAGAGGACGUGUGGCAAGGAUGUGGAAAUUUGGUUCAAGUUAAGCCUUACUACUUUUUCCGACACACUGCAAACAUUAACGCGCCACCUGGAAUGAACAAAUUGGACGAUCCUAAUCAACCGGGAUCAUCUGGAACUAGUGAAUCAGCUGGAUCUGAAAAGCAAGAUAAAAAUGGUGUCUCGGAAGAGGCUUCUCAACUGAAUGCUGAAAAAGAUCCGGAAAAAAAAGAAUCUGAAAGUGUCCAGGUGGAGGUUGAGAAAGAGGCAGCGCCAUCUGAUGAAAAAGCUGCUGAUCUGAAAGCCCCUAAAACGCAGGAAACCCCAGAUGAAAAAGUGGCAGAUGAAACAGUAAAUCAGAAAUCAGAAAGUGAGCCUACCAGUAAAAAAGUCGAAGAAAUAGCGGAUGAAAAAUUAGAAGAAGUAACGGUGGAAAAAGGAGAAGUUGAGAAGAUCGAGGAAAAGGAGGAUGAGAAGAGUAGUAAAGAAAGUACUGAAGUGAAGGAAAAUAAUGUGAAACCAGUGGAAGAAACGAAAGAGGAGGCGAAAAAGGAAGGCGAGGUUGAAUACGAAGACCAAGAUGAUUAUUUAAUGUACUUAGAAGAUAUUUUACGCAGAAUUCAUAAGGAAUAUUACACUGACCUUGAAAAGGAACCAGGUCGUAGGUCACUAAGAGAUAUUAUUCCUAGAGUAAGAGCGAGAGUUUUAAAGGGUUUGACCCUAACUUUUAGUGGAAUUAUACCGACUCAUCAGAAACUCCAUCAAAGUCGAGCCUACAAAGUAGCUCGGGCGUUUGGUGCACAAGUUACUCAGGACAUAACGGAGGAGACUACGCAUUUAGUAGCUAUGAGGCCUGGUACCCAAAAGGUAAAUAUAACAAAAAAGAGAGGGGAUAUUAAAAUCGUGAACCCGGAUUGGCUUUGGACGUGCGCCGAACGCUGGGAACAUGUAGACGAACGAUUAUUCACCCUUACAGCUCAGGCACGCGGAUCCCGGAUACCACCGCCACAUUGCAGCAAUCCCGAACCAGUGAAAGAAGCAGCGAACGAAGGAGUUGCUGAUUUUGCCAACACUAUUAAUCCACUAUUUUUCGUUAGCAAAGAGCAGAUUUAUGACAUGGACAAGGAAGUUGAGGAAGACAUGAGUGAUGCAGAAGUCGAUCCCUACGUAUAUGAUAUCGAAGAACAGAAUGAAAUUGACGAAAUAGGGGAAAUAGGCGAACUAGGAACAAAAAGAGAGUAUGAGGACUCAGAUUCAAAUGGUUCGUUUCACGAGUAUCAGACAUUUCCCAAUAAACGUAGGAAAGAGGAAAAUUCUAGUGAAUCUGAUUACGACAAUGAUGACGACGACGAGGAAAAAAGAACGAAAUGUGGACUCGUCGAGGACGACGACGAUGAUGAUGACCCAGUUACUCGUUUCAGGAGAGGCGAGGGUUUGCCCGAUGACUUAGAUCUCGGCGAUAUUUCCCAAGAUUCGGUGGAGAUUGAUGAUGCGGAGGAUGUUGAGGAUGAUAGAGAAUGGAAUGCUAUGGGAGCUGCUCUCGAGAGAGAAUUUCUUUCCGAUUAAAUUGACUUCAGUUUGUAUAAUCAUCAGGUUUAAAUGUGAAAUGUGUGCGAAGAUUUUUGAUGACUGACUUAUAAUAAAACAAGUUGCGGACUAUGUAUAUUUGUACUAUUUACGUAAAAUUAAUUGCACAUUUAAAUGAAUCGAGAUCAAGCAUUUGCAUUUUGCAUAUGUUUAACUAAAUUAUUGUUGAAGAAUAGUUUUCUGAUGAAUAAAUUAUUGCACUGGAAGA